UGGGUUUAAUUAAUGUAAGGCAGCUGAGACCUUUUUAGACGCUUUUGUUUCUAUCAGUAGUCUUCCGAUCUUUUCUUUUGCGAAUCAUUAGAUCGCUGGACUGCGAUUUCGACUCCGGUUGGUUACUUCCUCGACAAGGUCCCUCUUUCUGAUACUUCGUAGAUAACAAGGAAAACAAAAAGGAAACAAAAACUUCUCCAUUAUUAUUCUUUAUUCAUCUUCCCAAACUCAGAAAACCAAUAAACAUCGGACUCAUUGAUGCGUACAAGAUAUAUAUUACAAAAUCGCAAGUAAUUCUUUAUUUCGGUUAUCCUCUAUGUAGUAAAAGAUGCUUCUACUCCAUCUAUUUUUGUGCUGUGUCGACCUGACCCGAUUUAGAUUUCUCUGCGAGUUGCCGAUCUUGUUUAUGAUUGCAGGCAGUCAUUGAUUGGUUGCUUUGUGGCUUUGGGUUUUGGCGGCUGCGGAGGCAGUAAAGUUGUGAUUUUUUCUGGUGAACUAUUUCAAAGGGCGUUGUAAAAUUCGAGCUUUGCUGGUGGGUCGGGUCGUUUGUGGAUCCCCAAUCCAGCAAAAUUUAUAAAAUUUUGGGGCUGUUAAAGAAAUCUCCUGGGUUUUGGAGGGUUUUUUGUUUGGGGUCUUAAGUGAUUUGGGGUAAGAAGAUGAGUGCAAGUGAUGUGUCUGGCAAAGUUCAGAACGGGAACCUUUUAGUUCAUGUUGCUGAGAAUGGGAAGUCAUAUGAUCUUAGUUGUAAUGAAUGCUCUCUGGUUGAAAACGUGCAGCAGACCCUAGAAUCAGUUUGUGGCAUUCCAUCGAACGAUCAGCUUCUCUUGUGUGGAGAUGUGAAACUAGAAUCGCGGUCCCCACUCUCAACUUACAAGCUCCCAUCAGAUGACCGUGAGGUGUUCUUGUUCAACAAAUCAAGAAUGCGAACAAACGCACCUUCACCCCCACCUGAGCAAGUUGAUUUAGUCGGCAUACCCAAUUCGCCUUUGCCUAGUCAAUCACACGACCCGCACCCCUUGGACAAUGCUUCAGACCCUGCCCUAAAAGCACUGCCCUCGUACGAGAGGCAAUUUCGGGACCACUUCCACUGUGGAAAUGCAAUUUACGUCCUUUCGCAAGUGAAGUUUGAGGCAUGUGAAAGGCUGUUAAAAGCCCAAAAGGUUCAAGAGAGAGCCACGGGGAUUGCCAGGGGCAAUCUUGACCAUUUCUAUGGAAUGAUCCUGCAUAAUUAUGGGGAAUUUUUGAAAUGCUACACACAGCAGCAUCGGGCCCACUCCGAUCUGAUAACGAAUUUCAGGAGGGAUGUAGAAAGGUUGAGAUCUUGCAAAAUCCACCCAGCCUUGGAAACUGCUAACAGAAAGUGUUUGUUGGACUUUGUGAAGGAGGAGAAUUUGCAUAAAUUGGUGGAGGAUUGUAAUGGGUCUCAUCAGCAGUUUGAGAAUAAGGUUUUGGAAUUUAAGCAAGAGUUUGGGGAGUUAGAACGGCAUGCCGAGCAGUUAUUGUCAAGCAAGGCUUCUGUUAUUACCGGGGACCUUGAACAGGCAAUCAGGGAGCAUCAGAAGUAUGUUAAUGAGCAGAAAAGCAUAAUGCAGGCUUUAAGUAAAGAUGUGAACAUGGUAAAAAAGCUUGUAGAUGAUUGCCUUACUGGCCAGCUAUCAUCCUCUCUCCGUCCACAUGAUGCAGUUUCUGCCCUGGGUCCCAUGUAUGAAUCCCAUGAGAAAAGUUAUCUCCCCAAGAUGCAGUCUUGCGACCGAGCAAUAACUGGUUUGCUUGAUUUCUGCAAGGACAAGAAGAACGAGAUGAAUGUCUUUGUCCAUAACUAUAUGCAAAAGAUAGCAUAUAUCCAGUUCAUGAUAAAGGACAUCCGAUGCAAAUUCUCUGUCUUCCAGGAGGCUUUGAAGCGUCAGAGCGAUCUCUUUGAAAAUCUAAAAGUUGUUCGGGGGAUUGGGCCUGCAUACAGAGCUUGCCUUGCAGAAGUUGUUAGAAGGAAGGCUUCGAUGAAGCUCUACAUGGGCAUGGCGGGACAGCUGGCUGAAAGGCUUGCUGCCAAGAGGGAGAUUGAAGUUUCUAGAAGAGAGGAGUUUUUUAGGGUUCACAGUUCAUACAUACCAAGGGAUGUUUUGCUGUCUAUGGGAUUGUUUGAUACCCCUAGCCAGUGUGACGUGAAUAUAAGUCCUUUUGAUACCAAGUUGGUUGAUAUCGAUAUCUCAGAACUUGACCAUUAUGCCCCUGAGCAUUUGUUGGGACUAUCCUACAGACGUGAAGUUGAUGAUGGUGGUUUUGAACUUCCUAAUAAUAAUGACUCCGUUGAGUUUCUUGAUAUUGUUGGAACAAGCAAGAUGGAAGUUGAAAACGCAAAACUAAGAGCAGAACUUGCUUCUAAGAUAGCCUUGAUUUGUUCCAUUAGCCCCGAAGUAUGUUAUGAAUCUUUUAAUGAUGAGGGUAAAAUUGACAGUUUGCUAAAAGAUGUUAGAGAAAAAACAUCUGAAGCCAUUCGUUUGAAAGAAGAGUAUGAAAAACACCUUAAGUCCAUGUUGAAGGUGAAGGAAACACAGUGUGAAUCAUAUGAGAAACGAAUUCAGGAGUUGGAGCAGCGUUUGUCUGAUCAUUAUGUGCAAAGCCAUAAAGAUUCUUUGGGUGAGGGCGUGUCAAACUUAACUGUUUCAUGCACCUCCAGUUCAUUAGAUAGCAAAACGGGGAUUAUUUCCAAACAGGGAAAGACACAAGAAACAUUGUUAUUAUAUGAUAAUAACAUGUCAGAUUCUUCUAGUACGUUUAACCCUCAAUUGGAUUCAUCUAUGGUAGAUCCUCACCGUGAUGAAGAUCAAGACCACUUUUCUGACAAGGCGGUGAAGGAGACAGUAUCUGUGAAUCAUUCAAGCUCUAUGGAUCUGAGUGUGUCUCGGCCUGUGAGUGCUUUAUUACCUUCUGAAGCAGCUGUGGGGCUUGAUUUUAAUUCAAAAUUAAGUGGAGAUCUUGUUGUUGAGUUCGAACAUGCGCUCGCGGAGAAAUCAAGCCAGCUUAACGAGGCAGAAAAUGAGCUCAAAAGGUUGAGAGAAGAGGUUACCAAGUUAAGCGGGGAGUUGGAGAAGAAAAGGCAGCUCCUUGAUGAGUCUCAGAUGAAUUGUGCUCACUUGGAGAAUUGUCUGCAUGAAGCGAGAGAGGAAGCUCAAACCCAUCUUUGUGCAGCUGACCGAAGGGCCUUAGAGUAUGGCGCAUUGCGUGCUUCUGCUGUCAAAAUGCGUAGCCUCUUUGAGAGGUUGAGAGCUUGCGUUUUGUCGGGUGGGACCGCUGGUUUGGCUGAGUCCCUACGUGCAUUGUCGCUGUCUUUGGCAAAUUCGGUCAAUGAAAAGGAGGAAGAUAGUACUGCUGAGCUCAGAGAAUGUGUUCGGGUGCUCGCUGAAAAAGUUGGUGUGUUGUCAAGGAACCGCUCGGAGCUGCUCGAGCAGUGUUCAAAUGCUGAAGCUGCGAACAAGCAGCUACUCAAAGAGUGCGAAGAGAAAAAGGAGUUGGUUAACACACUCUACAAAAAACAUCAACUCGAGAAACAGGCAAACAAAGAGAAGAUAUCAUUUGCUAGGUUAGAAGUGCAUGAGAUUGCAGCAUUUGUGUUGAAACCAGAGGGGGGAUAUUAUGAGGCAAUUAAUCGCCACUGCCCACACUAUUACCUCUCUGCUGAAUCUGUGGCGUUGUUCACCAACCAUCUUCCGACCCAUCCAAGCUACAUUGUCGGGCAGGUGGUGCAUAUAGAACGACAGACUAUCAGGCAAUCAACUCAAACAGGCCGCGUGAAUUCCGGACCAACUUCAACUCCUUAUAAUCUCCCGGUUGGCUGUGAAUACUUCAUUGUAACUGUGGCCAUGUUACCAGAUACCACCGCUAUUCACUCUCAACCCCCUUCCUGAUCGCUCUCUGGUGGCAUAAUGGAAAUGAUGGAAGUUUUAACUGGUCUUAGUGUAUACUAUAUUUUCCCAUUAUGCAGAUUUCGCUACGUGUACAGUUUUUCUGGGAACAAUUGAUGGAAGCAUGUUGUACAUAAAAUCCCUCUUCUUGAAAAUUCUAAACUUUGUGAAUAUAUCCCUUUAGCUCCUUUAUUAUGUCCGAAUGCCUCGUGAUAUGUACA